AACACGUGUCACAUUUUCCUUUCCCUCCUCUCUCUCUCUCCCGUACUUCCCGGAGACGACGCCGGAGGAACUCUGCUUCGACUUCACGUGGCCGUUCCACGAAGACGCUCAUCUCUCUCCUCUCUAGAAAAGUUCCUUUGCCUUGGUGACCACAAAUCGAAGGUGUAAUUUGGUAAUGGUGGAGAGCGAUUUGCGGGGGGAAAGAGAAAAGAGAGUUAAGCACCUUCUUCGUUGGACCCCCCUGACUCUUGUUCCUUUCCUGCAGGGGUUUGGAUUUGGACGUGGUGUACAGGUUUGAAGAAUUGGUAGAGAUUGAUUCUUGUUGAAAUUCUGUUGCAAUGUCUGGCGUUGGCGAGAAUCAGCUUAUCUCCAUUGUACCUGAUGAACUCAAAUUUCUUUUUGAACUUGAGAAGCAAAGCUACUGUGAUCUUAAAGUUGCCAAUAAAACUGAGAACUAUGUUGCUUUCAAGGUGAAAACAACAUCUCCAAAAAAGUAUUUUGUAAGACCCAACACUGGUGUCAUUCAGCCCUGGGACUCCUGCAUCAUUAGAGUUACCCUACAAGCGCAACGGGAGUAUCCUCCAGAUAUGCAGUGCAAAGACAAGUUUCUCCUUCAAAGCACCAUCGUACCCCCACACACUGAUGUUGAUGAACUUCCACAAGACACUUUCACUAAGGAUAGUGGGAAAACGUUAACAGAGUGUAAGCUCAAGGUCUCGUAUAUCUCACCCUCUACAACCCAAAGAUCCUCUGAAUCUGGAGCAACCAAUGGCGAUGGAAAUGGCUCUGAUACCAUCUCUACUAUACAGCGGUUGAAGGAAGAGCGAGAUGCAGCCGUUAAGCAAACACAACAGCUGCAACAUGAACUGGAGAUGGUGAAGAGACGGAGAAACCAGAGUAACAGCGGGCUAUCCUUGAAGUUGGCAGCUUUGGUUGGACUAAUCGGACUCAUCAUCGGUUUCAUCCUAAAACUCACCUUAGCUUCUCCCAAAUAACAACUAUCAGCAGCUUCCCCGCAUCAUCUACAAUCUCAACGUAUGUAACCGCAGGAAUCAAAACGGCGUUACACAUUUUGGGGUAUUAUACUCUGUUUUCUCAGUGAUGAUCUCUUCUUUGUUUUUUUUUUCUAUCAAAUUUGCUUAUUUUUCAGUAAUAUUGGACGUACAUUUUUGACUCAACAGACCCUUCCUGAUACUAAUUUUAUCCCCUCAUGUAUACGAAUUGUGAAGGCAAUCUGUUUCAAAGACUUUUAAGUCA